AUGCCAACUACAGGAUUUUGUGCCCAUCACAUGGGCGACACGUCCGCUUGGACAAAGGCGAUGGAGGCCGUACUAGUGGGCACAAAAAUGGUUUUUUCGUCUUUGGUGAUUAGGAGACAGCGCGAGCUGCUCUCCCCAAAAAAAAGAAGAUACCCCAUCCGCAGCCCAAAACCUAACCUACCCACCCACCCCGCCAGAGCCACCGACUCCUCCCACCUCCGAUCCGGAGCCGCCACCCCGAAUUCCCCCAAAAUAUGGACGGCGAUAGGCGUGCUCUGGCGGCGGCCGCGGCAGCAUCGGUCCUCGACGACGACCUCCUCCGCGAGAUCCUCCUCAGCCUCGGCUUCCCCAACCUCCUCGUCCGCGCCGCCCUCGCCUCCAAGCGGUGGGCUCCUCCACGACUCCGAUCCGGUCUUCCUCCGCCGCUUUCGCGACCGCAACCCGCCCCGCGUGCUCGGUGUCUGCGUCGGAUACUCCAUGAGACCGUACAAGUUCGUGCCUCUCCCGCAGCCCCCGGGGCUCUCCGCCCUCUCCUCCUCCUCCUGCGGCCUCCUCCUGCGCCGACACCUUCGCCCGCGAAGGCCAACGCAUCGAGCACUGCCGGAACGACCGCCUCAUCGUCGAGUCCCUCCGCAAGGGAACAUUCAAGCACUCCGUCCUUGCGCAGCUACUCUCCUCGAGCCCGAAGUGGUCCUGCCACCGAUCCCGCCGCCUAGACGGCAGCAUAAUCCCGCGGCCCCCGGAAAGUGGAGCGAGACGACCAUGCUCGUCAUCGACAUGCAGAAGGAUUUCGUGGACACGGCGAUGUGCAGCCCGGUGCUGGUCGCCGGCGGCGAGGCCGUCGUCCCCACCGUCGCUGAGGCCGUCGCCGUGCCUUGGGAGCGCGACAUCUUCAUCGGCUGGGCUGGAACAUGGGAGGAAAAGAACCACAAUUCAUGGGGCUAAUGGUAGGGCACCUAGGAGGUGCAGCACCGGAUCCGCAUCACCCUCUCCUCCAAGUCCCUCAAGAACCUCGAGAAGGGUGGGUGCCCGGUGAUUGCAGUUGCGCCUGACGCAAAAUCUAGGGCCGCGCGCUGGCGGUCAGCUGUGCCCGACGCAAAAUCUGGGCGUAGCUCGGCGUCGGAAUGCCAUUUCUCUUCACUGCAUGGAUCUAUGUGCGUGCGGGCCGACGGUCUAGACGCCAGCCGAUGGGCAGCCUCGCCGGCGGGGUGGUGGCCAGGCGGCCGCGGUUCCUGUGCCUGUACGGGUUCGGACCAUCGGCGAGAUCAUGCUGAAGCAGGUGGUGGGGAAUUGGCCCGACGAGAUCACGGCGCGCUUCGACCUCGUCUUCGCCGGCGCACCCUUCCCCGCAGAGGGCAAGUUCGACGUCGAUGGCAUCUUCGACCCGCCCUACUACGAGUAAAAUCUGGCGAUUUGGGUGAGUAAACUGAAGUUUGCGAAGGAAUUAACCUUUUAAGCUUCCAAUGUCAAAUAUAGUUCAACCUUAUGCUGUCAACUCUGCAUAUGAAGUAGUAUUUGCUUGGAGAGCAGCAUUGCUUAGCAGAGUGUCUGUGUGUUUUGCUUGCUGGGUCAGAGUAGUAGGUGGAGUAUUUUGCUGGAUCAUAUCAUCAAUCAGUCAAUAAUAUAAUGUGUUCGUCUAUGUAUGUAACUAAGAAUCGAUUCCCACUCCCAAGAUAUUAUUACACGGAGUUAAGAACCUGGAUCAUAUGCAGUGUUAUAUUA